AUGGAUUCUUCUAGUAGUAGAAUUAAUGAAGAUGAAAUAAUGAAUUCUUGGUCAAGAGAUAAACCAAUGGAACAAGAAGAACAAUUACCCAAAGACAAAGGUACUAAAGCUUUGAAACCUUUAAGUCCUCAAGUGGUAACUGUAAAUCUGGGUGAGGAUAUUGUGACUAAAAUUAAAACAUUGGCUUCCACUUUUGACUCGUUGACCAUUCUUUCUGCUUAUGGCUUAGUAUCUUUUGCAAACAUUCUUUAUAAUAUCUCUGAUCAAGUCGAGGCUCACCAGGGUUUGUUUCAGAUUCUAUCUUUGACAUGUUCAAUGGAAGGUGGUGAAGAAAUAACUGUGAAUGUUUCAUUGUCUGAUCCAAAAUCAAAGUUCAAAGUUUUUGGUGGAGUUGCACAAGUACUAAUUCCUACUCAACUGGCAUUGCCAUUUCUGGCUAAUCUGAGGCAAAGAGCUUAG